AUGGGCGAGGGCCCCGCGCCGCCUCCCAGCCGCCGGCAGCAGCGCCCGGCGCCGAGCACCGGCUGCCGCGCUGGGGAGCUGCUUCCCCCCGAUGGCCGCGGCCUCCCCCACGUAACGGCAGCCAAGCUGGACGCCGCCGCCCCGUCGGAGCGUCCCCGGCCCGGCCCGGCGCUGCCCGGCGGCCCCGCGGGCAGCGGCCGCGACGCCGCCACCGUCACCGAUCUGCGCGGCGGUGGCAAUGUCCCCGAGGUGGAGAUCAUCAGCCUGCUGGGCGAGCGGCUGCCCCGCUACACGCUGCGGGUGGACACGGUGUUCGGCUACGACCACGACGACUGGCUGCGCGUGCCCCUGGUGCCGCCGGAGGCCCCCGCCGCCCUCACCCCCCGGCAGACAGAGGAGACCCUGCAGUACUUCCUCCUGUGUGCUGAGCGGGUUGGCAGGAUCACCAAGACCUACCACGACAUCGAUGCUGUCACCAACCUGCUGGAAGAGAAAGAGCGGGACCUGGAGCUGGCGGCACGCAUCGGGCAGUCCCUGCUGAAGCAGAACCGGAGCCUGACGGAGCGCAACGAGCUGCUGGAGGAGCAGCUGGAGCUGGCCAAGGAGGAGAUCGCGCAGCUGCGCCACGAGGUCUCCAUGCGGGACGACCUGCUGCACUUCUACGCGACAACGGAGGAGAGCGAGCCCGGCUCCGCCGCCUCCACGCCGCUGCCCCGGCGUGAGUCCUCGCCGUCCCUGCAGCAGUACUUCCAGUACGACGUCCUGCAGCAGAAGCUCAAGGGCCUGGAGGAGGAGAACCAGAAGCUUCGCCUGGAGGCCACCAGCAUUGCCACCGAGACCUGUCGGUACGAGGACCAGGAGCAGCAGCUGAUGAUCGACUGCGUGGAGCAGUUCUCCGAAGCCAGCCGGCAGGUCACCUACCUCUCCGAGGAGCUGGCCCGCAAGACGGAGGACACGGCCCGGCAGCAGGAGGAGAUCAGCCAGCUCCUGGCGCAGGUGGUGGACCUGCAGCAGAAGUGCCGCUCGUACGGCUCCGAGGUGGAGGAGCUCCAGCAGCACCUGGCCGCGGCCAGGGAGGCGCAUCAGCAGCUGCGCACGGAGCUGCGGGACCUGCAGGAGAAGUACGCGGAGUGCGGCGGGAUGCUGCAGGAGGCCCGGGAGGAGGUGAAGAGCCUGCGCAGCCGCAGCCUGCCCAACAGCACCGUCGGCCGCUACGGCGCGCCCAGCCUCCUGCCCCUGGACUCGCUGGCUGCUGAGAUCAAAGGGACGAUGAGGAAGGGAGCGGAUGGCUGCUCCUCGGACUACAAGAGCUGCCUGCGGGUCUUCGAGACGGUGAAAGCCGUGAACCAGGCGGCCCGAGCGAGGUCGUGCUCCGAGUCGCCCCGGCACACGCCCGGCUCCAAGCAGCCGUCGGCCGCCCCCUCGGGGGGGGGCAGCACCCCCCGGACCAGCUGCUACGGCUCAGGCAGCGCCAGCCUGGGCCUGGAGCCCUCGGUGAGCGCCCGGGGCGAGGAGGCCGGAGAGGAGCGCGGGGCCGUGCCGCGCCGGCACGACCUGGAGGCAGCGGUGCAGCGGCUGUCGGCGCGCCAGGAGAGCCAUGCCUCGGAGCGCUCCUUCUUCGAGACGGAGCGGGAGCACAAGCUGCGGCGGCUCAGGGAGGUGGAGAGCUCCAGCGGCUUCCUCACCCCCAACGAGAGCGUCGUGUCCACCGGCUCGGGCGGCUCCGAGCUCACCGCCGGCUCCGGCUUCUCCCUGGGCUCCCUCUCCUUCCUGCCCGACAAGCUGCAGAUCGUGAAGCCCCUGGAAGGCUCCGUGACCCUCCACCACUGGCAGCAGCUGGCGCGGCCUGACCUGGGCGGCAUCCUCGUGCCCCGGCCCGGGGUGCUCACCAAAGACUUCCGGCAGCUGGACGUCGACCUGGAGGAGGUCUACAACUUGGACGACCUGGAGGAGGAUGACGUGGACGCCAGCUCCUUCCAGCUGCUCCCUACCUCAACGCCUGCCAAGGGCAAGCAGCGCCCCGGCGUGUUCCUCUCUGUUAACAACCUCCCCCAGACCCCGUCUACCUUCACCAUCACCACCUGCCACAUCCUCCACCCCACCACCGAGAUCACCACGGUGACACCCAGCCUGUAUAACACCGUCGUGCCUUCUUGUGGGCCCUUUGAGAGGCUGAGCGGCGGCAGCCCCCCGCCGGAGCCCGCGCGCCCCUGCCCGCUGGGGCUCGUCCCGCUGCUGCUGGCGCGGGGCAUCUGCGCCUCGGCGCCGGGCUCCCCGCGGCAGGAGCGGCCCCCGCCCAGGAGCAGCAUCUUCAGCUUGAACCUGGUGGAGAAGCUGCGGCGCCUGGGGCUGGACAAGGUGGUGGCCAGAGGGGAGACGUCCUACGCGCGAGGGCCGCGCGGCGACGGGCUGACGUGACGGCGAGGCGGCACGAGCUGCGUCCUCCACCGCGCUCGCUCCCUCCGUCCUCUCCUGUCCGCUGGGAAGCGGAGCCCCCGUUCCCGCAGCCCCGGCUCCCUCGGGGCUGCGCGGCUGCUCCCCGGGGCUGCGGCGGCUCCCGCGGCCGUGCUUGCAGUUUGUCUCAGGGAAAGCGCCCCGAGGUGCCGGGAGCCAUAAGGACCAUUCCUGUUCGCGCCUGGCUGCAGCGAGGGCGCCUGGCCGGACAUGGGUGCCCAGGGCGGAGAUGGCUUUUUGCCGGCACUGGGACCUAGGGCAGCACCUGGGCUGUCUUUUAAAGAAAUGUUUCUUUUUUAAGCUCCUUUUCUCUCCAGUAAGUAGAAGGGGGGAGGAAAGCCUCCCCCCCUUGGGCGAAGCUGUGGGCGCAGUGGCCCGUGCUACUCCGGGGUAGCUGGUGCCCGUGGGUUCGCUGCUGCCGAUGCACCCUCGGCCCCGGCUGCGCCCCGCCAAAUAAAUGUGACCACAU